AUGCCGAACCCAAAACCAUCAGCCCAACAACUCCCCACUGUCCCUUCCGAAAUCACCCCCGAAUGGCUCAGUUCCAGGCUCGGGCACAAAAUCAAGUCAAUCAAGCACACCUGCUCCAUCUGGGGAACAGGCAGCAAGCUCUUCUACACCAUCACCUACGAAGACGACACCCAUACGGCAGCGAGACCCACGCACAUCUGCAUCAAAGGCGUCUUCGACCCUACCAUGCUCGCCUCCCAACCAUGGACACUCUCCCUCGCCCAGCGCGAAGCCGAUUUCUUCUCCCUUCUCGCCCCAGACCUCCUCCUCGCAGACAAAAACACACUCAUCAACUUCCCUCAGACCUGGUGGGCAGGCACCGACAACUCCCAAGGCAUCUCCAUCAUGACCGACCUUACCUCCUCGGGUUGCACCUUCCCUCCCGACCUUGCAUCCUACCCACUUAGUACCGUCCUAGAGGGUAUCGACCAACUCGCCGCCCUGCACGCGCGAUAUUGGGGCCAAAGCGAAGCAACCCACCCAUGGAUAAGCAAUACCUACGACGCCGCACUGAAAUUUCUCUGCUCACCUUCCACUUUCGACAAAGCAGUCCGGGAUCGAGACCGCUUUAAACUCCCUGCUUAUCUUCAAGACGGUAAAUGUUUCAACUUGGCUUUAGACAGAUACUUCUCCACUCGCAAUCCUAAGUUUCGAACUCUACUCCACGGCGACACGCACAUAGGCAACGUCUUCUUUUCCUUCUCUUCUUUCCCCUCUCCCCCUAUGUCUGCCUCUCUCUCUCCCUCUCCCUCUCUGUCCCCCGAGCGGCAAGGCAAAAUAGGUUUCCUCGACUGGUCAGCCCUCCACUUCGGCUCCUGUUUCCACGACGACGUUGUCUACUUCCUCACUUCUACAUUAACUGUGCAAGACAGACGGAAACAUUAG